AUGCACGCCAGGCAUAGUGUUCAAGCGGGGACCGCACUGGCGCGCUUGACACCGUCACUUGGGCCCAGGGUCCAACACGCGUUCACAAGCCUCUACUUUACUAACCAUGUCGGCAACCAUCAGUUUUCCUUCCACCCUUCUGACCAGUCGCUUGGUGUAAUGGAAGGCACAAAGCGGAAGCGUGCAUCUACUCGCGACAAGCCUGAAAAGCGUCCCAAAUACACAGAUUCUAGCGACCUCGAAGCAGAUUCACAGACACAAAUACAGGCCAAGGGACAGAACAACGAAGACGACAACCUUUGGCUUGCCGAGGCAAUACUUGACGAGAAGGUCGAGAAAAAGACGCAGAAAUACCUAGUUCAGUGGGAGGGACUUGAUCCCAGGACUGGUGUGCCGUGGGAACCAACUUGGGAGCCUAGACAAAAUUGUACAGACUUGUUGCUGGCCUCGUGGGAAAUUGAAAAGACAAAAAAGGGUUGGACUGAUAGGACCACUGGCAAAGGUACCGGUAGGAGGGGUAAAGCCAGGAGUCGUACGACUGAUCGAGAACGACCAGUGCAACUCAAAUUGCAUCUCAGUCACAAGGCGGCUGUCCCAGCAACUAGCCCCUCACCGUCUACUUCACGUUCAACAACAUCGGAUAUUUGGCCUUCGACGCCUGAAGCCCAUAGCAUCAUACAUGAGGCAUCACUUGCAUCAAGUGCUGCGACAUCACCAGUACGGGUAGGUGCAGGUCUAGAUGCGCGAACGUCACCCCACCAAUCCCCACGAAUAACUAUUCUUCGACGUGGCAGUAGCUUUGACGCUGAGGAAUACGAACAUUAUUCUCAAUUGGCCACCUCACAAUCACAACCACAAUCUCAAUCUCAAUCUCAAUCUCAAUCACAAUCAACCAAUCUCGACAGUUCACAGCUGAUUGCUGCCACGUGCGCACCUUCAUAUCCAUAUUCUUCGGGCAGCAUUAUACCAGAUAGCCAGGACUCCGCAGGAGAAGCGAGCUUUCUACCUGCAACACAACACUCCGAGGACUCGAACCAACAAAGUACAGCCACAACCGAUUUACAGGAGGCCGAAGACGACGAAGACGCAGAUUCAGGCAUUCUAGAGAUUAUACAACAAGGUGUUCUGGGUGGGCUAUCGCCGGCACGGUCGAUUGCAGAGACAAUUCCAGACUCGAACACGGUUGGCUACUCGCAGGGUCCAAUUGAGAUCUCAGGAUCCAACACCCAGACACAGGUCGUGAUUGAAGUUUCGGACAGUUCUGCGACCACUAGUGAGGGCCAGAGUCAAGGAAUACAAGGGAGCAGCCAAGGCGGAAACCUGCACGUACAAAAGCACCAGCAAGAGGAACCUCAGGCACAUCAAGGGCCCAUGCAUCGAUCUGAGAGCGCUUGUGGUAGCAUUGUGCCUCAAUCGUCUCAUAACCCGGAAGACCCAUCAACUAUUUUAGAUGAAACUGUUCAAAGUGUUAUACAAGUUCCGCAUACACAAUCUCAGGACGAGAUAAUACCCAAUCGGCCAGCACAGGAUAUCGACAGUUGGAUCGAGGAGCCCCUUGGGCAAGAGAACGGUGGACAGGCUGUUGUAACUCAAAGCUCAGCUAGUGCAGUUGAACUUAAUUUGGGCGACGGGCAUACGCAAUUCCCAUUUCAAUCGCAGCAUCCGUUGCGUCACUCUCAGGACUUCCAGAAUUCUCACGAGGCAUUGGACGAAGAGGUGAACGAGGUGGCUGGCGGUGGUGUCCCCAGCCUCAGUUCUGCGGAGGCUAGUGCUACUAGCGUCGCACUGCCCCCACGCCAAGUCACGUUAGCUCCAGGUGCUCUAGCAACCGCAUUCGGGGAGACCAACGCUCCAUCUUCAUUGUCUCACGUGAAGCCUCAUCAACCAGGCCCAACAGCACUCGGCUUGAUUCCUCUUGCUGAGGCACAAGAAAAGCUUUUACUAAAAAAGCUUGCAACACGAGAGUCUCCGAGCAGUCCAUCGUCAGGAGUAGCUCAAGUGGAGUUGCGUGGAGCUGAACGGAACAACACCACUUCGCAAGCGACUCAACGAUCACAUAGUGUGUCUGGUAUUAUUCCACGCGGGACUUUCGCACGUCAAUCACAACCGCCUCAUUCCACUGAACCGUCUACAGCAUCUCGCGAACGGAUCGCGCAGGUUGUCCCAUUUGAAACUGAUCUAGGCACACAAGAAGACAUCACCGAGAGCAUAGAAAUAACUGUGGAAGAAUAUCAAGUAGCUGAACGUGGCAGUUCUCCGUCACGUCACGAUUCGUCCCAGGAUUCGCCGGAGCGACUGAGAUCUGAGUGCAGCUCUUCACCGAUUUUCAACCCACCAAACUUCUCGCUUGCUACCGUAGCUUCAAAGUUACCAUCAAGACCUAGCACACCACUCCCGACAUCUUCGCCCAAAAUGUCCGGCGAGAGCGCUGGCGACCAGGUGAAGCGAGCUCUUCAAGAGGCGCUGGAAAAGAAGCGUGCCGAGAAUCCAUUCACCCCCUCGCGGCGGUUAGCACGGCGAUUCAAUGCAAAUAUGACCCCGGCUUCUGCAAGUCCUUCAGCUGCCUCAGUAUCGGCGCGCAGACUGCUUGGAGCGAAUGCGUCACCUGUUGGCAACGAUGGAACAAGAUCGCCAUCAGCGGUACCUGACCAUGCGCCCGUUCCGCCCGCACCAACAUCCCUGAGUGCUGUCAUCGCUCCACCGAGCAAUGAUGUACCAGAGACUCUGGGUGAAGAUGCAAACAAAGAGAUUUCUGUUCAGCCAUUACCGACGACCGCCGAUGUCGAGGUCCUGGUCGAGGCAAAUCCUGAGCUGCCUUCAGAAGACUCCAGAGAUGUUGAAGUCAAUGACGCAGACGAUGAGGAUAGCGAAAGCCUCUUAGACGACGACUUACAGCUGGAACCAGACGAAUACAUUAUCCCACUAUUCAUUGAAGGGCGGCAACUGGAUAUGUACACUGCGCAUAUUCAGCAGCACAAAGAGCUGCUACAGCAAUUCUUGAAAGAUCCGCUUGGCUUCACCCCAUUAUCAAAGGCUGAGGAGGUUCUCAGCUAUCUUAGAGCUAUCGAAACGCAUGUGGACUUGGUAUUUGCUGAGGCUGAAUGGUCAUCGAUAGGUGAGAGUGCAACUCAGGUGGAGUUCACAGCCCAAUUUGGCAUGGAGAAUUCAGUAAAGUUCAGGUUCUUACACGCCUUCUUUCACCGCCUGCGAGAAUAUGAGAAGCAUGUCGUGUUGGUGAUAGCGGAUGAUAACGACGCACUCUUCCACAUCAUCGAGAUUUUCUGCAAGGCUAAAUGCAUAAACUACAGUAUGCCAACCAGGGGUCAUCAAGCGGACAUAAUGUCCACAGUCGGCAACAUGUCAGUUACGAUUAUUCCUAGCAGCGCUACACCUGUAAUUCGCGCCCCAGAUGUCAUUCUCUGCCUCGAUGGCAUGCAGGAGGCAGCCAAGAUACGACAAAAGAAUUGGGCCCAAUCUCCGACUCGCGAGAAUGUGCCUGUCUUUCAUUUGGUUAUACCCCGGACUGUUGGUCAUAUUGAACGUUAUGUAUCGAAGUCUCUGAGUCACCCGGAUCAAUUGCAUACCAUUGUCGCAGGCUUGGCUCAAAUGAGCGUGAAUGCCGAGAUUGGGCAGCCCGUGGACGAGGCUACACAGCGUGCUUCAGUUCUUGCUGGGAUGGCUGUUGAUUGGCUUGUUGCCGGAGACAAUGGGGACCCUUGCUCGUUGCCCUCAAUCGGUAGUAUCAAAGAUGUCAUCGAGUAUCAAACGCAAGUGCUAUACUCACAAGAGUUGACAACACCUCCCGCGCCAGAGCGUAACAAGCGCCCAUUGGACGACGAGGAUCUCGAUUCGGCCAAGCGGAUGCGCUACACGCCUCAGCCUCACAACACAUCGAGUGUUAACAAUGAUCAAGAAGUCACACACGUCAGCGACUCUAUGCCGGGCACUGCGGCGAACCUCAAUGGUACUGCCAUCGAAUCGAACCUUCGUAGGCAACUAGCCCGCAUGGAGGAAGCUCUACAGGAGAAACUGCAAAUGUGGGAGAGACAAUUGACUGAGCAUGAAGAUCUCCGACGUGAGCAUCGGAUCGUGAUCGACCAUGACAGGGCCACGGAAGCUAAGCUGGAAGCUGCAACUAAAAACCUUGAGAUCACACGCGAUCGUCUUCUUACACGUACAGCCGAGUCAAACGAGAAGUCGCGUCAACUAGACGAACAGCGGGCUACAGAUGCUCUCUCAACCGACGAAAAGACCGCUGAGAUUACUAGACUACGCCAGGAGCUCGCAACAGCACACCUUGAACGAACUCGCGCUGUGAACGACUGUAAUUCUGCCAAUGCCCUGCUUGAAUACACAAAGGAGGCACGGCGCGCUGCUGAGCAGUCGCUCUCAGCUGCUCAAGCUACAAUCCAGCAACUCACCGCUGAAAAUGAGAAGCUCACGUACCAAGCCAGCGGCCAAGCCGCGAAGCUCAAGGCCUUGCACUUGGACCGUCAAACCAGUAAUUUGACAAGACAGCUUCAGAGUGUGAGAAACGAGAACGUCAUACUGAAGAAAGCACUGGCGCAGAAGGAGGAAGAGCUGCUGAGGGCGAAGAAUGGGAGGCAGGGUGUUGGCACGAGGAUGCAAAGCGUUACGCCGCAGCCUAAGACAAGGAGUCGCGCAGGCAGUCCGUUGGGUGGGCGGUUCAGUAAUUUGAGGAAGGAGUAG